CCAGCCCUCCGCCUCCUCUCAUUCGCGCGGGAAAUCUCUCGCUCUCUCUCGCUCAACUCGAUCCCCAAAUCGACGGCCGAUGCCGGUUUUGAGGUCUCGAGUGGUGGGCCCCGAAAUCCCGAUGAAAACCCUAGAAUGCCCUCCGCCGCCGCUGCCUUCGCCGCCGCCGGAGCCCUCCACUCCGGCAAGAUCCCCCUUCUCCUCCGCCUCCUCCUUUCCCUCCCCAGAGAUGGAGACAGUCUUAGGGUUAGGUUUUGGUUCUUCUGGAUCGGGGCCUCCACGGAGACGGAGCCUCCGCCUCGCCUCCAUGUCCCCUAUUCCGGCGAGCGCCGUUGUCUCUUCCGGGGAGACGGGCAGCAAGAGGAAGCGGAUCGCUAGGGCUUCCAGUGCGGAAGCGGAGACAAAUGGGGAAGGGGGAGAAACUAGGGUUUUGGAGAGGACGAUGACAUCGGGUGAUCUUGUUGAUCUCGUGCCGUCUAUGAACUCCUCUGCUGCGGAUGGCGUGGAGGAGAGGUACAUGAGGUUGAGAUCGGGUUCCAGGAUUGCCCGGAGAAGGGUUGAAGUGAAUAGUGUUGAUUCCAAUCUGGUUCAGGAGAAUGGAGAUCAGACGACUGGUGAAAUGGCGCAGUCAGUAUUGGGUGUUGAUCAUGUUGAAAAAUCCAAUAAAGAGGUGGUAAGAUUCGGUAUUGAAGAGGAAGAAAAGGGAGUAUUGGUUGUGGAAGAUGAUAUGUUGUUUAUUGAGAGGUCUGAGGUUGAAUCGGAUGGGGGAUCGAUUAUUGGAGUGGAAGUCGAGGAACUCUCACGGAAUUGGAAUGGGUCAACGAAGCGGCGAAGGCCUGGAAGGCCAAAAGGGCAGAAGCAGCUCCGAGUAGUAGCAGACAGGAGUGAAGCUAUUGAUUUGACUCCCAAAGAUGAAGUUUUUAAGCCUGAACAAAGAGGCUGCAUGGAAGAAGAUGAAGAGCCAGAUGAUGGCCAAGACAAGGAGGAUUGUCCCAGUCCAUUGCCCACUGGCGAGGAGAUCAUCAAGGAGGAGGUGGAGGCUAGGUACAUGCAGCUGAGAUCAGGUUCCGUGAUUACCAAGACAAGGAUAGAAGUAAAUGGCAUUGAUUCUGAUCUGGUUCAGAAGGAUGGGAAUCAGAUGGUUCAUGAAGGGGGGAGGUACAGCUAUAAAGAAAAAGGGAAAGCGAAAUUGGGAGUAGAUGUUAGGUGUACAAAGAAAGAAGAGAAUGAAAGGAUGGCAGGUGGUACAGGGGUAAAAAAUUAUAAUGCUGAGGAGAAAGGAAAGGGUAAGUUUGUUGAGGUAAAUGAUUUCUUGUCAACAGCUAGGAGAAAGUUUGAAUCGAAUGUGGAUGCAAUUGGUGCAGAAGAAGUUGAGGGGCACCCAAGAAAUGAGGAUGGAUUGGUGGAGCAAAGAGUUUCUGGAAGGCCAAAAGUCGGACAGAAGGGGUCUCGAAGGGAAGCAGAGAGAAAGAAAGCUAUAGACUUAGCUCCUAAAUUUGCAUUUUUUAAACCUGAAGAACAUGGUGCUGAAGGGGAAGAAGAAGAGGAAGAGGAACUAGAAGAGUUAGUGCCAGGUACUGAGCAUGAGGAUUGGCCAGGCCCAUUCUCUACUGCCAUGAAGAUCAUUGAGGAGCGUGCUGAAAGACUGAGGGCUCGGAAGUUGAGUUCUUCUUCCACAAAGAACAAGUCUACUGAAGCAAGGAUCCAGUGGAUGCCUUCAAAGGAUAAGAAAUGCAAGAUCAUGGGUGGGCCAAUUCCACUGCUUAAGGAUUUGUGCCUGAAAGUGCUAUCAGAUAAUGCCGAAGAGAUUGAAUCGCUUGAAGGGAUUCCUGAUGUUAUCAAGCACAAGCUUGUAUUGAUGCUUUGUCGUUCUAGGAAGAUGAGUUCUCGUAUUCUUGGUCUUCUCAUUAGUGGAACUCCCACAGAGAUACAUUUAAGUGAUUGUUCAUGGGCUACAGAAGCAGAGUUUGAGGGCAUUUUUGUUCGAUGUAACACUGACAGCUUGAAGGUGAUACAACUUGACCUGUGCGGUCGAUGUAUGCCGGAUUAUGUAGUGGAUGCUAUCUUGGCCCGGUCCCCAAAUAGUUUGCCAUCAUUGACUACAUUAUCUCUGAAGGGUGCGUAUCGUCUGUCAGAUGAUGGGCUAAAUGCAAUUGUUUCGUCAGCACCUUUACUGUGUUCUAUAAAUUUGAGCCAGUGUUCCCUUAUCACAUCAAGUGGAAUCAUUAAUUUAGUAGAUAAAUUAGUUUCAGUAUUAAGAGAACUGUACAUUGAUGAUUGCCAAAAUGUGGAUGCUAUGGUGAUUCUUCCGGCAUUAAGGAAGCUGAAGUGUCUGGAAGUUUUAUCAGUGGCUGGCAUUCAAUCUGUCUGUGAUAAAUUUGUGCACCGGUUGAUUCCUGUUUGUGGUUCAAAUAUGAGGGAGCUUGUCUUGGCUGGCUGUCAGAAGUUGACUGCUGCUUCUAUUAAAACUAUUGGGGAAAAUUGUUCACGAUUAUGCACUCUCAAUCUUCGUAACUUGAACAGGUUGAAUGAUUCUGCAAUAGAACACCUUGCAAAUGGUUGCAGAUUGAUUCAGAAACUUAAGCUUUGCCGUAAUGCAUUCAGUGAUGAAGCAGUUGCUGCAUUCUUGGAAGCAUCUGGAGGGUCAUUGACUGAACUUUCACUGAACGGUGUAGAAAAGGUUGCACAACACACAGCUGUAGCCAUUUCUCGUAAGUGUUCCUCAAAUUUACAAAGUCUGGAUCUUUCCUUCUGCCGCAAGAUGACUGAUGAAGCACUGGGAUUGAUUGUCGACAAUUGCUCAAAUCUCAGGAUUCUUAAACUAUUUGGGUGCACCCAGGUCACAGAUACAUUCUUGGAUGGUCACUCAAAUCCCUUUGUCUCAAUCAUUGGAUUGAAGGGGCAUAUAUUAGAUCAAAUUGAAAUCCCUGAUUUUUUGUAAGGCAACUGCAUCUAUUUUCUGCAGCAGCUGUAUACAUUUUGGGUCCUUGAAUCGCAUUUACAUGGUCCUGCUUCAGGAUCUUGUAUACUUUUGUUUCCUUCUUUUUUUGUUGGUGGGGGAGGGAAGCAGAUGGGUUGUGAUCCAUAGCGAACUUUUUUGUAUAGAGAAAUCACAUGAAGGUGGAUGAUAUUUUGCAGACUAGAAUGAAUCGAUCCUUUUGAAUGAAGUGAGCUUUACUUUUAGGUAAUCAUUUUUGAUCUAUUCGGGUUCAUGAAUUCCUAUCUACUGUUUUUGUUCACAUAUCAAUGUCAUAGUCCUGAUAUACAUCCGAGGAUCUAUACAUACAUUGAGAUUUUAUUGCAA